ACUUGCACUAUAUCUUUCUUCAGUGGCUCCACCAUGGCUUGUAAACAGUGUCCACCAACCAUUAUAUAACAGCUAUGCAGGCCGUGUGUCUGCCACACUCUCUCACCUUCCCUCCUUCCUUCUUGCUCCCGUUCUUCUUCGAUCGUUCUUACACCCCCAUUCUUCUUCCUUCUUACCCUCAUAUCUCUUCAUGGCCUGCAACGACACCAGGCUGACAAUUGAUGGCGUCGAGAGCUCCGAACCAAAGGGCGAGGACUCCGACAACUCGCAGAGGGGACAAUGGCUUCGAGCUGCCAUCCUUGGGGCAAACGACGGGCUGGUCUCCACCUCCUCGUUGAUGAUGGGAGUGGGAGCUGUGAAGGCCGACGCAAAGGCGAUGCUGCUCUCGGGCUUUGCAGGCCUGGUGGCCGGGGCAUGCAGCAUGGCCAUCGGAGAAUUCGUGUCGGUGUAUUCCCAGUUGGACAUCGAGGUGGCCCAGAUGAAGAGGGAGCAAAGGAUCAAGGGUGGAGGAGAGGUGCACCAGGAUGGGCUGCCGAGUCCGGUGCAGGCGGCGGUGGCCUCGGCCUUGGCAUUCUCGGCGGGGGCGAUGGUGCCACUGCUGGCAGCUGGGUUUAUAAGCAGCUAUAAGGUGAGGUUGGAGGUCGUGGCGUCGGCGGCAACUGUGGCAUUGGUGGUGUUUGGGUCUGUCGGGGCGCUGCUUGGCCGGGCUCCGGUGGCGAAGUCUGCAGCGAGAGUGUUGGUAGGAGGGUGGAUGGCCAUGGCUGUCACCUUUGCAGUCAUGAAGGUCUUCGGUUCCACUGCGCUGUAAAAGACCAUUAAUGGACCUCUCUCUCUCUCUCUCUCUCACCCCACUCCACGGUCAACACCAUGCAAGUAGAUAUGUUUCUGUAAGCGCGUGGAAAGGAAGGACCAAAAGGUAUUUAUGUUUUCUGCAUGCGAUAACAGAAUGAAAGCUCCUUCAGUCCAAA